AUGAAAGGCAAUCAUCCUUACACGAUAACAUUUCCAAUUUGGUAAUGUGAAUAAUGGUCUGCCUUAAAGGGUAGAUUGAAGUUAACAGACGAAUAAGUAGUUAUUGCUCGAUGGAAUGACACAAGGUUUUUAGAUGAAGAAUUAGCAUUUUUGGAAUCUUUUCAUAGAAUUAAACCACAUGCAGAGACAAAGUUGCUAAAACCACAAAUAAGUCUGCUGCCCUCAAUUUUGUAGAUUGUAAGAACGAAUACCUAUACAGAUUUGAUAAUAGAGAAUGUUUCACAAUGGCUUCUGAUAAAUGGUGACUUGUCGAAACUGUUGUUGAUAUACUUUGGAUAUGACCUCUAUUAAGGUUGUUCCCCAAGGGAUUGCACAAUUGAAAAUAUAGUAAAGAAUGGUGAUUCGAUAGUAAUCUUAGAUUUCGGUUUGAAAAAGAGACAAGAAAAUUAUUGUGUCUAUUGGAAUCCAUUGAUAUUGAAAGGAAAACCUUGUAGAUCAUCUUAUCAGUGGUCUCUUGGCAUACUCUAUUUGGUGAUGACUCAGGGAACUUAUAUCCUUAAUGAAGUGCAUAAACACAUAGCCGAUUGGUUGCAAGGAGGUCGUUUGGAUAUAGGAUCUCUGAUUUCAAAUAAGAAGCCAACAAUAUAGAAUUUGAUUUCAUCUCUUUUGAAUCCCGAAAACCCAAUUCCAUGGCAUUAAAUCCCAUAUCAUCCCGCCUUUAGAGAAGAUAAUGCAUGUAAGUAGAUUUUGAAGGAUUUUCAGAUUAGAUUGAACAGGAUGGAAGUGAAAUGCAGAUCCUCAUCAAGAAUAAGCAGCAGAGAUGACUCUAAUUCUCUGAUAAACUUGCCUCAGUAGCCCAAUUGCAACAAGAAUCAAAAGGUGACUGAAUAGAAUCUAUUAAAUUAAUCCUUGAUAACCAAGAUCAGUAAUAUGUAGAAAAUGCAUUAGGAGAAUGUUAGAAGUGUUGUUGGCAAUAGAUAUUCAUCAGUAUAGAGUAGAUAAAAGUCAUCAUCUCAUUAAAGCCGUUAAAUGAUUCAAACUUAUAGCAGCAACAAAUUUAACAACUUCUUUUCAUCUACAAAACUGCUUCCAAAACCAUAAAUUAAAUCAUAAAACAAUAGUCAUACUGGAGUUAAGAGUUUUCGCAAUUAGACCCAAAAUACUACAAUCUAUACAGGAUAUGAUUCAUCAAGGAAGAUCAAUGAUAACAGUUAGGAAUUGAUGCACUAAUAAGGUUCUCAACAACAUAUUUCUUAAUCAUUCACAAAAAAUGAAUUCUUUUAUGACAAAAUCAGAGCCAGAAUUUCAUCAGUCCAAGGCAAUACUAUCAAAAUGACAACAAAAUAAAGGUUUGGUUCCUCAUCUCAGAAUUCAAAGUCAGAUCAAUCCAAACAAUAACAAGUUGUUUAUAGUAAGGGAUCUAAAACCUAAGAGGAAUUGUAAUAAUUGUAUCAGCAAUCAGAGAAUGCUAUGGAAUAAUACAAAGCCAUUUAUAGUUCUGAUUUGGAAGACAAUCAAUAGCAGAGACCCAAUUUAGACGAAAGCAGAAUUAGUAAUGCUGAGAAUUACAUAUAAUUAAUAAAAAGAUCAAGUUAAUAAUUGAGUCUGUUUUCUUAGAAAUACAACCGUUCUUUGGAUGCACUCAAUAUUAUUGGCCAAACUGUUGCAAAAUGCCUUACAUUUUUUAAUGGUUUAUAAAAUUUCUGGGUCAUUCCUUUAUUUUUAGUCUUUAAAAGAAUGUUGCAAUUGAGGAAGGAAAUUGAAAUCCUCUUAGAAUCCAAAAUCAAUUCUUUCGGUUUAGAUGAAUGGGAUUAUAUAACAUCUUGUUUUGAAUUUGAGAAUUAUUGCAAUAAAGUCAAAUAAGAUAAUUAAUUGGUGUAAAAUGAAUUGAAUUUGUUGCUUAAUACAGCUAAAGCCAAGGCAGAAAAGUUAGAUAAAAAUAGAAAAGACAAAGUUGAGUGGUUUCUUAAUGAUUUUGUUGAUGAUGACAUCAAAGAUAUAUGUUAUACAUAUUUCAAUGGAUAGAUCUAUUAGAAUAUCAAAGACAAAAAGGGAGUCCCCAAAUCAACUUUAGAAUGGUUAAGACUAUAAAUAUAAGCUUAAGCUUCUUUGAUUAUUUUUUAGCUGCCUAUUUUAAUGUGCGAUAAAGAAAACUUUACUUAUGAAGGCUAUUUACAAGCUCUGGAAUACACAGAUGAAAAUCAAAUAUUAUAAUACUUAAAACGAAAUGAGUAAUAUCUCGAAAGCAAAUGA